AUGGCGAACGAAUCGAGUACAACUUUAUACGUAAUUGCGGAAUCCGAUUCGUCGGAGUGGUCAUCGAGCGAAGAAAAAGGUCAACAAAAACCGAAACCGAUCAUCGAACCGAUUUUGAAAGAGAAAAAGGAAGAGGUUGGUAAAACGAAGAAGAAACGAAAACGCACGAUUUCGGUAUGUCUGACUCAUUGUAGAUACGACGUUAUCCGAAGGGUCGCUCAGAAAUACAAUUAUCGUGAAGUACUCGAAGGAGAAAAUUGGAACAUGUAUUGGACCGAUCUGUCGAUUACAGUUGAUAGGUGUAAGGAUAUGAAGAGGUUUCAAAAAAUCAACCAUUUCCCUGGGAUGUUAGAAAUAUGUAGGAAAGAUUUACUAGCCAGAAACCUCAAUAGAAUGUUAAGAUUGUUUCCUAGAGAAUACAAUUUCUUCCCUAAAACAUGGUGCUUUCCUGCAGAUCUGGGCGAAGCUAUAACCUAUAGCAGAGUUAGGAAAAACAAAACUUUCAUUUUAAAACCGGACGCUGGUAGUCAAGGUCGUGGGAUUGUGAUAACUAAAACGCUAAAAGAGAUACGACCGUGCGACAGGGGAAUUUGUCAAGUAUACAUUUCGAGACCGUUCCUAAUCGAUGGUUAUAAAUUCGAUUUGAGAGUAUAUACUUUAAUAACCUCCUGCGAUCCUUUAAGGAUUUAUAUUUAUAACGAGGGAUUGGUUAGAUUCGCUACUAGCAGAUAUAAAGAACCUAACGGUAUUAAUAUAACGAAUGUUUUCAUGCAUCUAACUAAUUACGCUGUUAAUAAACACAGCAGGACUUAUAAUCAAGAUGCUGAAGGUGGUAGUAAGAGGAAAUUGUCUUGGUUCAACAAUUAUCUUCACAGUUUACAGCACGACGUCGAAGCUAUUUGGUGUAGAAUUGAUGACGUGAUAAUAAAGACAGUCAUAAGCGCUUUCCCGGUUCUCAAACAUAGUUACGCAGCUUGUUUUCCCAAUCACGAUGUAAUACCAGCUUGUUGCGAAUUAUUAGGCAUAGAUAUCCUUUUAGAUAAAAGGUUAAAUCCUCAAGUUUUAGAGGUGAAUCAUUCUCCUAGUUUCCACACGGAUACAGAGCUGGAUAUAGAAGUAAAAGAGGCUCUAUUAAGCGAUAUGUUCGCUAUGAUGAACUUGGAAUAUUGCGAUAAACGUAAAGUUAUGAGAGAAGAUCGAAAAAGAAUCAGGGAGAGGUUAUUGAAUGGAAUUAAUUCGAAGGAUAAUAGUUCGAAUGAUAUUAAAAACUUCACCGAUUAUUUUAAAUUGGAAAUGGCGCAUAGAGGUGGAUUUAGAUUAGUACAUCCUUGUACUAAUACGGAACAUUUAUACGCGAAAUUUUUCGAUCAAGGACAGAAUUCAAUUUAUUGCGAUACCGCAUCUAGUAGAGCUAGAGAAGCAGCUCAAAACGCUCUAAGAGACGAGAUGCAAUUGAAAGCUAAAUUAGAAGCGGCGAAACGUAUAACUGCUAAAGCUAAAACUGUAACGGAAGGACCUUCGACGAGUUUCGUGAAAACUACGAUUCCUUUAAAUACAAAAAGUGGUUAUAACAAUUCGUUCGAUCCUCAGAUGAUUGUGGAAAUUGAAGAGAAGGAGCGCUUACAAAAACUAGCUCAACGAGAUUAUCUGGUGAGGAGUCAAGGUAUAUUGGAAUUAAUUUAUUUUUCGAUGAAAAAAAAUAAUAUAUUGAGACCGCAAGAUGAAAGAAAAUACGCGUUGUUCGAUAAAAUACGACAUGCUAGUGAAACUGUUAAUAAACAGUUGAAUAAAGGACCUGCCAUUAGUGAUAUGUUGGAAGAUAUCACCGAAAAAGGAGCCGGUGAGGUUCUAGCAAGUCAAAAGGAGCUGUAUCCGUGGAGGUCUAAUAAAGAUAAAUAUCUAAAACAGAUCGGGAGAGUUUAG